AAAUUUGCCAAUAAUCCAGCACUUCAGCUUCUCUUUUUGCAGUGAAGUGUGCGUUAGAACUGUGAAUCGGGAAACAUGGCGGUUGGUGCAGAAAACGUGCCUCCGUUCAUCGCCGCUCAGCUCACUCACCUCCUCUCUCACUUCCCUCUCAACCUCAAGGUUGAACACGCUUGGUCCGGCGACAAGUACAACUCCGGCGCCUUCGAUCGCUUCACUCUCCUCAUUCCCUAUUGCCUCGACUUCAUCAAGUGGGAUGUGAUAUACAACGUGGAUUGCCCAAUCGCUGCACCUGAUGUUAUCUUCGGCGCCGAAGACGAAGAUUUCCAUCCCUUUCACAUGCUCCCUUCCGGUGAAGGUGCUUCCCUGCCGAGUAACUGUUUGUCCGAUUGGAACUACAAAGACCCUACGCGUCUCUUGGUUCUCAUUCAAUUUCUGAGAGAUCAGUAUGUGUUGUAUCAGAGGAAACGUGUUGAAGGAGUUGAUGAUGAACGGUUGAAAUUUGAAGUCAGCACAAUUGUGUCCAGGGAGGGAAUCGAAAUGCAUAGAAGUUCUGGUUUUGAGAAGUCAGAGGAGGUAAAAUUUGCUGUGCCCCUACUGGACAUGAACAUAAACAAGAUGGUGCCUGGCUGCCCCUGGAGAUAUCCCCAGAGAAUGCACUUACAGGUUGUAUAUCCUGUUGGAAGAAAAUAUUUGUCUGCUCCUUCCGCUCCUCGCCUGAAGUUAGUAUCUACUUCUGAGUUGAAGGCCUUAUUUUCCAUUGAUGAUGUCAAGCUACCUCCUUGGUUGGAUGGGAUGUGCUUGGCAGAAUAUCUUCCGAAUCUGGAAGAAUAUCUUGAGAAACAGGUCCUUGAGGCUGUGUCAUUAAUUGAUGUUAGAAGGCGCUUCAUUGAAGCAUUGGCUGGUCCACUUGGAAGACCGCUUGAAGCUGAUCCUGUCUUUUGCAGAAAGGCAACUUUUCUUUGUACAUCUGGAGCUUUCACAUUUCUGGCACACUUCCUAAUUCCAACUCAGUUUCCAAAGCAGCAGCCGACCAUUAUGCUUCAAAGUUCACAGCAUUUUAAUUCACAAACGACACCGAUAAAGUCACGUCUUAUAUCUGAUUACCCAUGGAGUCCGAGAUGGGAACCAUCACUGAUGGCUGAGCGUAUUGGUGAGUUUCUAGCAGAUGAGUCCUUGAACUUCAAGAGGCAAUGCAGCGAAGGUCAACUUUAGCAGUGACAUGGCCAGAGUAUGUUCAGCUUAAUGUUAAUGUUGUGGCAAUCCCUGAAGUUGUUCGCUGAAAAAUGUCAUGUUGGCAAUGGCAUGUUCGGUCAAUGCAUUAUUUUUUGUGAUUGUAUUUAAAUGAAUUGCAGUUUAAUUAUUUUUGUAUUCCUGUGAUUAUCCUAGUUGAUAGUUCUUCUGCGUGUCAAGUGUUAUGUUCUCUAGUUUUUGGUAUGGCACCGUGAAUGUUCUUUUAUAUAUAGAAGGGAUAUCAACAUGAAAAAUAGUUUUUUAUUUUA